CUCGGCGGCAUUUCCGCUCCGGGAAGGCGAGGUCGGGGCCGAGAUUGCUGGCCGUGAGGCUCAGGAAUCUACCAGAAGCACUUGAGUUAGGGACUGUUCAUGAACAAAGGCAGCUGACUGAGGGGGCCCAGGGGAUGCUGGAAUCCAGCCCCUGUUCUAAGUUCUGCCUGGAGAAAGCAGCUUCCUGUUGGCACAAAGCGCCACACCGACUACCAGCUCUCUCCUGAUGACUUUCCCUUCCACAGUUUUGCCUUUCCAGAGCUCUGCCUCUCCCCAGAAGGAAAAGGAGAAAAAUGACCAAGUUCCAGGAGACAGUGACAUUCAAGGACGUGGCCGUGGUCUUCAGUGAGGAGGAGCUGGGGCUGCUGGAUUCCACCCAGAAGAAGCUGUACCGAGAUGUGAUGCUGGAGAACUUCAGAAACCUGGUCUCUGUGGGGCAUUCAUCCUCCAAACCAGAUAUGAUAUCCCAGUUGGAGAGAGAGGAAAAGCUUUGCAUUAAGGAGAUCCACACUGAGAGAGGAGGUAGGAAUCAAAAUGAGGUGGAGACUCUUCAUGAAGCAGGAAUAAGGUGCCUUUCGUUGGGAGAGCUUUCAUGUUGGCAAAUCAAGAGACGUGUUGUGAGCAAAUUAAACAAAAAUCAAGACUCUGUGAUAAAUAUUCAAGGAAAGAGUUCUCAGUUCCCUGACCAGUGUGAUUCCCCCUGUCAAGUGGGAGCAGGAAUAUGUAUUCAGGCUUCUGUGGAGGACAGCUGUAUCAUGAAUCUUCUAGAGGAUCAUUCCAAGAUUAUUGAAAAGCAAGAAUUUCUGGCUGGGAUAGCUCAUAAUUCUUGGAGUAAAAUAUAUCUAAGUGAAACACAGAAUUACCAGAGAAGUUGUAAGACUCAGAUGAAAAGCCAAUUAUGUAUAUUUGCUCCAUACGUUAACAUUUUCAGUUGUAUUUCACACCACCAUGAUGACGAUACAGUGCACAAGAGAGACAAAGCUCACAAUAAUGACUGUGGUAAGGUGUCCCCUCUUAUCCAGCAGACCUACCACUGUAGUGAAUGUGAGAAAGCAUUCAGUGAUGGCCCCAGUCUUGAACUUCAUCAACAGGUACACUCGGGAAAGAAGUCCUCCCCUUACAGUGCACAUGAGAAGGACACCAGUUAUAGCUCAGCUGUUCCCAUUCAGCAAAGUGUUUACACAGGAAAGAAACGCUAUUGGUGUCAUGAGUGUGGGAAGGGUUUCAGCCAGAGCUCAAACCUGCAAACUCACCAGAGAGUCCACACAGGGGAGAAGCCCUAUUCGUGCCUUGAGUGUGGUAAGAGCUUUAAUCAGACCUCACAUCUUUAUGCCCAUUUGCCUAUCCACACAGGAGAGAAACCCUACCGAUGUGAAAGUUGUGGGAAGGGCUUCAGUCGUAGCACUGAUCUGAAUAUUCAUUGCAGAGUUCACACUGGAGAGAAACCUUACAAAUGUGAGGUAUGCGGGAAGGGCUUCACUCAGAGAUCACAUCUUCAGGCCCACGAGAGAAUCCACACUGGAGAGAAACCAUACAAAUGUGGAGAUUGUGGUAAACGCUUUAGUUGUAGCUCAAAUCUUCAUACCCAUCAAAGAGUCCACACUGAAGAGAAACCAUACAAGUGUGAUGAAUGUGGGAAGUGCUUCAGUUUGAGCUUUAACCUUCACAGCCACCAACGAGUCCACACCGGGGAGAAACCGUAUAAGUGUGAAGAGUGUGGGAAGGGUUUUAGUUCAGCCUCAAGUUUUCAGAGCCAUCAGAGAGUUCACACAGGAGAGAAACCAUUUCGCUGCAAUGUGUGUGGUAAAGGCUUCAGUCAAAGUUCAUAUUUUCAAGCCCACCAGAGGGUCCACACUGGAGAAAAACCAUACAAAUGUGAGGUGUGUGGGAAGCGCUUCAAUUGGAGCUUGAAUCUUCACAAUCAUCAGAGGGUUCACACAGGAGAGAAACCUUAUAAAUGUGAAGAGUGUGGGAAGGGCUUCAGUCAGGCCUCAAAUCUUCAAGCUCAUCAGAGUGUCCACACUGGGGAGAAGCCAUUCAAGUGUGAAGCGUGUCAGAAGCGAUUCAGCCAGGCCUCACAUCUUCAAGCCCAUCAGAGAGUCCACACUGGAGAGAAACCAUAUAAAUGUGAUACGUGUGGUAAGGCCUUCAGCCAGAGGUCAAAUCUUCAAGUCCAUCAGAUAAUUCACACUGGAGAGAAACCAUUUAAAUGUGAGGAGUGUGGGAAAGAAUUUAGUUGGAGUGCUGGGCUCAGUGCUCAUCAGAGAGUUCACACAGGAGAGAAACCCUAUACAUGUCAGCAGUGUGGUAAAGGCUUCAGUCAGGCCUCGCAUUUUCACACACAUCAGAGGGUCCACACUGGGGAAAGGCCAUACAUAUGUGAUGUCUGUUGCAAAGGCUUCAGCCAGAGAUCACAUCUUGUAUACCAUCAGAGAGUCCACACUGGAGGAAAUCUGUAGACAUGUGAGGUGUGGUGUAGCCUUCAAAGUUCACAUCCUCCUCUCUACUGGAAAAUCGAUGCUGGGAAUUGUGGGAAGUUCCUUCAGAAUUCAGAAGCCUCAAGGAAUCUUCACAUGCAAGUAAGCUCUGUAAAGUGCUGUUUUAAGGACUCGGGAGAUAAAUUCUUUACAAACAUCAGAUUUCACAGAGAGAAAACCUAUAAAUACAGUCAAUGUUUGAGUUCUGAAUGUCCCAAUUUUCAGGAUGCAACGCAAAAGAAUUUCAAAAUUCAUCUGAGUCUACCCAGGAAAGAGGCCUUAUAAAUGAAGAUUAGGGGCAGAACUUUAAUGAAAGUAUCAUGAGGGACAAGUAAAAUUAACGGCAACGGCAAUGUAACCUCCAUGUAGGGAGGGAUGUUUUUCACUGCUUUAUCUCUACCAUGUAGAAGUGUGCUUGGCUCCUAAUAGAUGCCCAGCAAUUACUGAAUAAAGGGAGAAAAUCUAUCAUUAGGACAAGUAUUUAAAAAUUGUACUCCCCUACCCAGAUUUCAUAAUAACAUACUCAAAAGGAAUCCUGCAAGUAGCCUUAAUGAGAUUUCAGGAAACGUUCAAGUACAGAAAAUCAUGUCAUGCUGUCAUCCACAGUAAGGCAAAUUUGGAUGAAAUUUGUGAAUGGCCCCCAUCCUCCAUCCAGCCCUGGUUCUUUGUAGUAUGUCAGCCCUUGUGUACAGUGUAAUAUUUAGUAUCAUUAGUUUGUAUUUUAUAGACUGAUAAUACUGUUUUUAACUAAUAACAUACUACAAUUUAUAUGCCUGGAAAUUUUGGACCCUAAUUCAUUAAGGUAGGAUUUCACUGUUACUCUUUGAAAGUGUUAAAAGUAGUUACUAAUGACAAGAAGUUUUUUAGUAAACUUGAAUUGUUAGUAAUUGGUUUCUUCUCAUUAUUUCCCUUCA